AUGGACGGCAAACUGGCGGGAAGCGCUGAAUACUUUACUGAGAGACUGAGGACCGGUGAAGACAUUCGCGGUGGUGGAGGUGUGGGACGGGAAGAAGCAACCAUCCCGCAUCAACUCAUUCAGCAUAUAUUCGUGAGCUUGUACAUCGCACCCAACACUCCGUCCUUUCGAAGCAGACCAUAUAUCACGAUGGCCUUAUCCGCAGACCGCUACUACGCCGACGACCUCUGCCGCCGCUGGUAUGGCGUCGACGUACCGAGCCUCGAACAAGAACUCCGCGAAGUGAAGUACGAAUUGGAGCAAAAAGAGCGAGACCAUAGGAGGUUGUCGGAGAGAUAUUGGACUUUAUGGUUGGAAUUCAAGGACUUGGAGAGGAAGUGGAGGAAGUUGUCGUGGAGGAGGAGGUAUCCUUGGGAUUGA